CACUUUCCUAUUAAUUAGUUAAACAAGAAAGAAAAUUUUGAAACUUUGGCAUUAGGGAAACAAGCUUCUUUCUUCCUUCUUCACAGAUACUAGAGGGAAAAAUACAGAAGAGGAUGAUCAUGAUCUAGGGUUUAAUUUAGCCACCAAGAUCGUGAUCUAUCUCAUUUCAUUCCUUGCCUUUUGAUCUUCAAUCUUUGUCUUGAAUUUUGUUAGGGGUAUUUUUAUUAGAAAAAAAAAUUAAGGUAAAAAAGAAUGGCUUCGCGAUCUUUCAAGCGUUUGGUUGAACAAAAGCUGGGGAGAGUUGGGGUUUUCUGUGUAUAUGCUGUUCUUGAAUGGGUGAUGAUCCUCCUCCUUUUCAUUGAUGGCUUUCUUGCACUUUUCACCAAUGAAUUUGCCAAGUUCUUUGAAUUGAAAGUCCCCUGCUUGCUCUGCACGAGGAUCGAUCACAUUUUCACUAAGAGGAACUCCAGUUUCUAUUACAACGAGUCCAUCUGUGAGGGUCACAAGAAGGACAUCUCUUCCCUCGCGUAUUGUCAUGUCCACAAGAAGCUUUCUGAUAUAAGGAACAUGUGUGAAGGUUGCCUUCUCUCUUUUGCAACAGAGAAAGAAGCAGAUUGUGGUAAGUACAAGUCAUUAGUUGGGAUUUUGCACAAGGACAUUGACUGCUUUGUGGAAGAUGAUCAUAGAAUGUCGAUAAAACCAGUGAAGAAUGAAGAUGAGGUUAUCAAAACUGGAAGUGUUGUCGUUCAAAACUGUUCUUGUUGUGGGGAGCCUUUGAAAUUGAGGACUAAAUAUGCCAGGAACUCAUCGAUAAAUGGAAAUCAUUAUUCUCAAGCUCCUGCCUCAUCUCCUCGAUCUUCCUUAACGUGGAAAAAUGAGGAAUCAGGCAACAUGGAAUUGCCUCAUAUCCAGUACACAAAGCUCAAGUUUUCCUCAGAUGAUGAUUCGAUUCUUCCAGAUGAUGAGGGUCACCAGAAUGCAGCAGGUAGAGAGGAUAUUAAAGCUUCUACUGCCCCGCUGCUACCAGAUCCCGAGGACAUACAUGAUGAAUCUUGCAAAACCCCAGUUUCUGCAAGAAACAAGUUCUUUGGGAUCCCAUUGACAGACUCCGCUCAAGCCAGUCCUAAGUGGCCUAAUAAGCCCAGAAAAUUGGGUGGUGAUAAGAGUGAAUUCAUCUCAGAUACUAAUGACACGAGUGCAGUAAACGAAGCAGAUGAUGACAUCUUGCAUAGCUUGAAGAGGCAGGUUCGUCUGGACAGAAAGUCUCUCAUGGAAUUAUACAUGGAAUUGGAUGAAGAAAGAAGUGCCUCUGCUGUUGCAGCAAACAAUGCCAUGGCCAUGAUCACGCGUUUGCAAGCAGAGAAGGCAGCUGUACAAAUGGAAGCCUUGCAGUAUCAGAGAAUGAUGGAAGAGCAGGCAGAAUAUGACCAAGAGGCCUUGCAAGUCAUGAAAGACUUGGUUUUGAAGAGAGAGGAAGAGAUAAAGGUCUUGGAGGCUGAAAUCAAUACCUACAGGCAAAGAUAUGGAGUUAUCAAGAAAGCCGGUAGUGAGGUCUGUGAAGUUGAUGCAGAUGAUGAUUAUCAAGAGUUGAGAUCUCAGUCUGCAUCAUCCUUCGAUGAAAGACCCGACUGUGGCAGCCCACGUGAAGUAGAUCAGAAUGGAGUAAACGAGCUCCAUAUUGGACAUCCUGGGGAAUACAGAGAUGAAAAUGUCGAUGACUCAAACCUUGAUUUUGAGAACGAGAGAUCUUAUCUACAGAGUUUGUUAACGAACCUUGAAAUGAAGAUCAAAAUACCUCCUGAUGUCGAAUCUCAUGUGCUAGAAUCAAAUGUGAUUCAAGACAAAGGAAAUGACAAUAAGGUUAUACUUACAAGAGAAGUUUCUCUACUUAGAGAGAGAUUGAGAGCUGUUGAAGCAGAAAGUAGCUUCUUGAAACACGCCGCCAUGACAUUACAGAGGGGUGGAGAAGGAACCAAACUCUUGACUGAGAUAGCUCAACAUCUGCGGGAGCUUAGAUACACAGAUACAGCAACAGGAGUUGCAGAUGCAUGACUUUUGUCCAAAAAGUUCUCUUUCUUCUUUUCCUCUCUCCUGUUUUUCUUCCACAUUUAGGAUGUACAGUCUUGGAAGGAGCCCUGAAGGCUUCAGCUUUGGCAUUUCCUCGGACCUUUACUUCUCACUACCUAGAGCCUUGAGAUUCUUCAGGUGAAAUUGGCUUGGAACCAGGCAACUUUGAAAUAAUCCAGCAAAAGGCAUUAAUGUCUCACAGGAAGACUCCAUUGAGAAACGAACAACUAGUUUUGUCAAAUGUAAAUGCAUAUAGAUGGUUAUAUAUUUGUAAGAUAUCCACCUCCCUUAACCAUCUAUUUCAGACUACUUGUUUCACCAGAUGCUACGACAGGAAUUAAAUUGACAGCAGUUGUACUUGUACACACAUGCUUGUUUAGCAGAUAAUGUAACUUAGUCGUUCAUUAAACGAGCACAGUGGAAGGUGUGAGUGAGCAUAAAAUGGUUCCUAAUCCUCUCAUGCAUUACUUAUCUUUUUUUUCCACUCAGAGACAUUUAUUUGGUUCCUAAAGCCUCAAUUUACUAGAAUCCUUUCUUUUUUUUCAUUUUCGUUUCCUCUCUUUUAUAUGAGGGGAUGAAAUACUCCUUCAAAACAUUAGAUUCAUGCUA